AUGGGCCGGCGCGGUGGUGGUGGCGGCGAGCGCGACAAACACAACCUAACUCCGCGCGCCACAGGCAGCAAGAAGUCGCAGGCGAAGGCGAGCGGCAAGCUGGCCGAAGCCGAGGGCAUCGUGACCGAGGCCAAGAAGGCCAUCACCGCCGAGAAGUUCGACGACGCCCUGCGCCUCUUCCCCCAGGCCCUCUCCGUCUACGAGGGAGUCGAAGAAGAUGAAGCGCAGCGCGAGGGCAUGUUUCACCUCUACUUCUCGUGGGCCUUUGCGCUGCAGGAAAAGGGCAAGAGGGAGUACCUCCAUAUGGAGGGCCAGGACGAAGCCAAAGUGAACGCUGUGGACAACUGGUUCAUCGAAGGCAUCAAGAAGCUGAAACUCGCGCUCGAGAAGAGCCCCAACAACCCGCUCGCUCUGCAUUCGGCAGCGUGUGCGUUGAUUUGUCGCGGCGACCUGCGCGAUGGCAUACCGGCCGACAAGCGCUACGCCAAAGCCUGCGUCAAGCUCAAGCGAGCCAUCGACUCCAACGACGAAAGCGAGACACCAGCGGCUCUGUGGCGCACUUGGGGUAACGCCGCCCUCAAGCGAGCACAGUUGCGUAAGGUCAAGUUGGACGAGCGAGAAGAGCUGGUUAACGAGGCCGCCGAGAAAUACGAAAAAGCGCUCAAGGCCGACCCCGAAGAUGGUGUCACAAGCCACACCUACGCCCUAUUCAUGCACUUUAAGGCCAACGAUCUCCUCGCGCAGGCCGUCCGGCAGAAAGACGUGGAGCCAAAGCUGCAGCUGCUACUGAAGUACAUCGCGCCCGAGCGACAGCUGCAGAUGCACCGCGAGUCGAGAGAGACACGCAAGAUCGUGGAUUGGCUGAACCUGCGCCAUCUUCUCCAACAGCGCACGGACAACAUUCUCUACUUUGGAUACGCUGUCAAGCAAGGCGGGAAUCGCCCCAAUUGGAAGCGGCGGUUCUUCGUGCUGACGCCGAAGAAGCUGUUCUACUACACGGAAGCCGGAGGGAAGAUGAAAGGCAAGAUCCUCCUCAACCAAGUCGCCAGCGUGACCAUCGCAAACGCGCCGCUGGCUCCGCGGGUCGCGCUGGGGCUCAAGGGAAAGGGCGGCCCCGAGAACGAGCGGGAGGACCCGGCGGUCUCGGCCGAGACCCGAAAGGGGGAAGGUCAGGCGACUGACAUCGACGGCUGGGACGAGGACGGCUACGGGUUUCACCUCGUCACACCCGGGCGAACGUUCAAUGUGGUGGUGGACUAUGCGAAGCAGCGAGACCAGUGGACAGACGCGAUUUAUCAGGCCAUCUCGGUGAUCCCCUCUCGACCAAGCGGGAGCGCGAUCGAAGGCGGCGCUGCGGGCGUGGCCAAGGGCAAGGGGCGGCUGGGCAUGCUCUCCAGUAUUCGCAAGCGCGCGUCUCGCGGGAAGGACCUCAACGAAGAGUUGUGA